GCAGGCCCCGCCCACUUCCUAGACCCUGGUCUCAGCCUCCCUGCCAAGUCCUAAGUAUCCUGGGCCAGGGAGCUGUGGGAGCUCAGGGCUAGCACCUCCCAUGCCCCUCCCUGCAGGAGCCAGCAGGACAUGAAGAUCAUAGGCCUCCCCUUUUCUCCUCUUCCUGGUUGCCCUGAAUGCCCCCACUACAGCUGGGGUGACUCUCCGACUGUGACCACCUCAAGAAUCCAAUCUGGAAAGAUGCGGGCUGGUGGUACCUGCCACCCAAGUUGGAGGCUGGGGGUGUGGGGGGCCUGGAGACUUUAAGAACCUUCUAGAUGUGAAGAAACCCAGCAACAGCUAGGAGGCCCUGGACAUAGAUUGAGGAAUCAAGAUAAAGAAGGCACCUAGAGGGCACCAAGGGGGGUCACUGGCCCUCUGCCCUCCUUUCUUUCUGACCCUGCCUAGCCUCUACCAGUCCAGAAGCUUCCAGAAGCCUCAGCACCUGUGAGUCCAUUGGGAAGCCCUGGCCAGUCUGAAAGCCAGGCCCAGGAAGAGCAUUCAGCAGUGAGGACUACCAAAAUCCCUCCUCAGGAAGACCGCCAUCACCCUCAGGAGGAGGUCAGCUCAGACACAGAUGUGGGAGCCCCCUGUGGAGUCGCAGGGCCAGCAGCUCCUGCCAGAGCUGCCUCUAAAAGAGUCCUCACCCAAGGACUCUGGCCUCAAGGCAGUUCCCAGCACACGUACUCUUUAUGUGGGCCACCUGAACCCCCAGUUCUCUGUGCCCGUGCUUGCCUGCCUGCUACGAGACACCCUCGAGCGGCUGGAGCUGCCCGUGGCCCGCGAGAACAUUGAGGUGGUGAGGCGGCCACGAAACACUUACGCACGGGUACAGGUGGCUGCCCCCAAGGCUGCCCUGGCCUCCCUGCCCUGGCGCCUGCAGAUGGCCUUAGAGGAGCAGCUAAUCCUCAAAGAGCUCACAGCCCGCGGCAAGGAGCUGGUGCUGGGUGAGGGACUGGAGUCCCUGAACCGCAGGGAGCAGGAGGACAGCGGCUCGAGCCCCAGCCCUAGCCCUGGCCCCAGCCCAGGCUUCAGGCGCCCACAGCUGCGCCAACUGCCAGACCCUUCCCCUAACUGGUGCUGGGCUGGGCGACGGCAGAUCCCUCAGAACCGACCCAGUGGUGUGCGCUCUGACAGUGCCAUUGUGGACCAGGAGAUCUUGGGCCAGGAGCAGCUAUUCCAGGGUGCCUUCCUUGGCAGCGAGACACGGAAUGUGGAGUUUAAGCGAGGCAGCGGUGAGUACCUGAGCCUGGCUUUCAAGCACCACGUACGGCGCUACGUGUGUGCCUUUCUCAACAGUGAGGGUGGCAGCCUGCUGGUAGGUGUGGAGGACAGUGGCCUGGUACAGGGCAUCCACUGCAGCCACCGUGAUGAGGACCGUACACGCCAGCUGGUAGACUCCAUCCUGCAGGGCUUCAAACCCCAGGUCUUCCCUGACGCCUACUCCCUCACCUUCAUCCCCGUCAUAAGCACUUCCACGGCCAACACGCCUCUCAAGGUGCUCCGUCUGACCGUGCACACCCCCAAGGCCCAGGGUGAGCCACAGCUGUAUGAGACAGACCAGGGGGAGGUAUUUCUACGGCGUGAUGGAAGCAUCCAGGGCCCACUGUCUGUUGGCGCCAUCCAGGACUGGUGCAGGCAGAAGUGGACGAUGGAGCUGGGCAAGCUGGAGGAGAAGGUGAAGACCCUGACGAUGGAAAAGGAGCAGCUGAGGCAGCAGCUGAGGCAGCGCCGGUCCCUGUCCUGCAGCUGCUGUGUCCUGUGAGGAUGAGGAAGAUGUGGGCUAAGACCUGGAAUAAAACACACAUGAGCUGCCGCCUCUCUCCCUCAGCGCUGCAUGCAGGAGCCAUGUGGCUUCACCUCAGAGCAGGCUGACAGUCAGCUCUUGGCACACCCCGAAGCAAUCCUGCUUUCAGAAAACUUGGCUAGUCACUCCAGAACUCAGCUCUCAGAGACUGGAACUCUAAUCCCAACUAAAUGCACCUUUUGCCUAA